UCUGGAUUGUUUCUCCUAAAAAGAGAGCGAGCCCUUCCUUCCUUCCUUCCUUCGGUUUCUGGCAGAAGGGAAGAGGGCAGCCCUCUGGGCAAGUUGAUUCUUUCCUUUUCCUUCUUCUUCUUUCGGGGUGUGUGUCUGGCUCGGUCUGGCUAGAAGCCCCGCUUUCCCCUCCUCUCCCCUCUUGCCUUGAAAGAAAAGAAGGAGAGAAAGAGCGAGAGAGAGAGAGAGAGCAGCCCCCCUCUGCCUUUUUUCGAUGUUCGGCUUUGGACAUGCGGAGGCUACUGCAACCGUGUUGCUGGAUCUUGGGCUUCAAGAUCGCCCUCUCGGCGCUGCAGUCCGUGGUCUGCCUCCCCGCUUUGACUGAAGGUUAUGAUGGCUCCCUUCAUGAGAGCAGACAUGGCAGUUCAGUGCAGAUCCGGCGGCGGAAGGCAUCUGGGGAUCUUUAUUGGGCAUACUCAGGUGCAUAUGGUCCUGAGCACUGGGUUACUUCAAACAUGGACUGCGGAAGAACUCACCAGUCUCCAAUAGAUAUCAUAGAUCAUCAAACACAUGUUGGAGAAGAAUAUCAAGAAAUACACCUGGUUGGUUUUGAUAAUGAAUCUUCAAACAAGACUUGGAUGAAAAAUACAGGAAAAACUGUUGCUAUCCUCCUCAAAGAUGAUUACUUCAUCAGUGGUGCUGGACUACCAGGCAGAUUCAAAGCUGAGAAAAUUGAAUUUCACUGGGGUCAGAGUAAUGGAUCAGCAGGCUCAGAACACAGCAUCAAUGGGAGAAGAUUCCCUGUUGAGAUGCAAAUUUAUUUCUAUAAUCCUGAUGACUUUGACAGCUUUGGAUCAGCUGUCCAAGAGAAGAGAAUAAUAGGAGCUAUGGCAGUAUUUUUUCAGGUCAAUCAGAGGGACAAUCCAGCACUGGAACCUAUUAUCCAUGGGUUGAAGGGUGUCGUACAUCAUGAGAAAGAGACCUUCUUGGAUCCUUUUGUGUUAAGGGAUAUCCUGCCUGCAUCUUUGGGAAGUUACUAUCGGUAUGCAGGGUCCCUGACGACCCCGCCCUGCAGCGAGAUUGUGGAAUGGAUAGUUUUUCGCAUGCCAGUCCCCAUCUCUUAUCGCCAGCUGGAAGCAUUUUAUUCCAUAUUUACCACGGAACAGCAAGACCACGUCAAAUCCGUGGAGUAUCUGAGGAAUAAUUUCCGGCCUCAACAGAGCCUGAACAACAGGGUGGUUUCCAAGUCUGCUGUGAAGGAUGCUUGGAACCAAGUCACAAGCAGCAUCUUCGAAAAUCCACUUGGUACUGAAGCCUCCAAAGUUUGCAGUACUCCUCCUGUCAACAUGAAAGUGAAAUCAGUGAACAGAACAGCCUUACUGGUUACCUGGAAUCAACCAGAGAUGAUCUAUCACCCUCCCAUUAUGAACUAUAUGAUUUCCUACAGCUGGACUAAAAAUGAAGAUGAAAAGGAGAAGACUUUCACCAAGGACAGUGACAAGGACCUGAAAGCCAUCAUUAGCCAUGUCUCACCUGACAUCCUUUAUCUGUUCAGAGUUCAAGCAGUUUGCCGAAAUGACAUGCGCAGUGAUUUUAGCCAGACAAUGCUUUUUCAAGAUAACACAACUCGAAUUUUCGAAGGGACCAGAAUAGUAAAAACAGGAGUGAAUAAUGGGCACAAUGGAGUGUUUGGAAAGAAAAGGAAAACAAAAGGAAAAAAGAGCCGAGGUAGCAUGUCAGGUACCUCUACUGAUGCUCUCUCUGGUGUGUUUUCUUCUCUUGUUCCCCCUGGUGAUUUCUUCAAGCCUACAGCUUCGCCGGCACCUUCAGCCGAUAUGGCUCCCAUCAGUUCUGGGUCUUCUACUUGGACUUCCUCAGGCCUCCCCUUUUCCUUUGUGUCGAUGGCGACUGGGAUGGGGCCUUCCUCCAGUGGAAGCCAAGCCACGGUGGCUUCAGUGGUCACCAGCACCUUGCUUGCUGGUCUUGGGUUUAGCGGGAGUGGCAUUUCCUCUUUUCCCAGUACUGUUUGGCCAACUCGUCUCCCUACAUCUGCUUCUACUAAUAAACCGUCAGCAAGGCCAGUUGUGGCUACCACUGAGGCAUUAUCCUCUCCGGCACCAGACAGUGAUUCUGCUCUCACAAAAGACAAUGAAGGAGCAGAGGAUGGAGAAAAGGAUGAGAAAAGUGAAAGUGAGGAUGGUGAAAGAGAGCAUGAGGAAGAAAGGGAAAAGGAUUCGGAAAAGAAAGAAAAGAGCGCUGCAACAGAGGCUGCCGAUGUAGAAAAUAACAAUGAGGUUACAAACACCACUCUCACUCCCAAUAGAACUAUGGAGGAGGGAGGGAAUAAAACCAUACCUGAUCAAGAGCAAAGCCAAAACAUUCUCCCAACGGGUAGGACGCCCAGAGGAGAAGGCGUUACAGAAACAGACACUAAUUUCCAAACAAUCUCUUCCACCCAAGUGCCACCACCAGCAUUCACAAAUGAACAAUAUACUCGUGAAAUUUCAAGAAGACCCGAGACAGCAUCAGUGACAACUUUACCAAAAGACAACAGAUUUAUUACCAUUAACCCAGCAGACAAGAAUAUUUCCAGUAUGGCAACCAGACCAGCUCCUGGAAAAAUGGAAUGGAUCAUUCCCCUCAUCGUAGUCUCAGCCUUGACAUUUGUGUGCCUCAUACUUCUUAUUGCUGUGCUAGUCUAUUGGAGAGUGAGUAACAAAAUAAAGUCCAAGGGCUUACCCCGCCUUUUCCAUGAAGUCUCUUCUUCUCAGGACAGAGGAAAGAAGGGGAACAGAAAAUGUUUCCAGACAGCUCACUUCUACGUGGAAGACAGCAGUUCACCUCGAGUGGUGCCAAACGAAACCAUUCCCAUUAUUCCCAUUCCAGCAAGAAAUGAAGAGGACAGUGAAGAAGAAACAGACCAAGAUGAGCCAGAACAGAUAGACCAAGAUGAGCCAGACCAAGGGAAUGGGGAAAAGAUAGAGGAAAAUCCAAACUGGGAAAGAAGGACAUCGCCGAUGGAAUACAUUUGGGGCCAGGAAGAUACUCGUACUUUGUCUCUGCACGAUGACAUGGAAGCCAUUCCUGUCAAACAGUUUGUUAAGCAUAUCAGUGAACUAUAUGCCAACAACCAGCAUGGAUUCUCAGAAGACUUUGAGGAAGUGCAGCGUUGUACAUCCGACAUGAACAUCACUGCUGAACAUUCCAAUCACCCCGACAACAAGCACAAAAACAGAUAUAUCAACAUUUUAGCAUAUGAUCACAGUAGAGUGAAGCUAAGACCUUUACCAGGAAAAGACUCGAAGCACAGUGACUACAUUAAUGCCAAUUAUGUUGAUGGUUACAACAAAGCAAAAGCCUACAUUGCCACCCAGGGACCUUUAAAGUCGACAUUUGAAGAUUUCUGGAGAAUGAUUUGGGAGCAAAACACUGGAAUUAUCAUCAUGAUUACAAACCUUGUGGAAAAAGGAAGAAGAAAAUGUGACCAAUACUGGCCAACAGAAAAUAGUGAAGAAUAUGGCCACAUCAUUGUCACACUGAAGAGCACAAAAGUACAUGCUUGCUACACAGUCCGACGUUUCACAAUCAGGAAUGCAAAAAUGAAAAAGGGGAACCCUAAAGGACGUCAGAAUGAAAGGACAGUCAUUCAGUACCACUACACACAGUGGCCUGACAUGGGUGUGCCUGAAUAUGCACUGCCCGUGCUGACAUUUGUGAGAAGAUCCUCUGCAGCAAGAACUGCUGACAUGGGCCCAGUGAUCGUGCACUGCAGUGCUGGUGUUGGCAGGACUGGUACCUACAUUGUUAUAGACAGUAUGCUGCAACAGAUAAAAGACAAAAGCACAGUGAAUGUCCUGGGUUUCUUGAAACACAUCAGGACACAGCGCAACUACCUCGUCCAGACAGAGGAACAGUAUGUUUUUAUUCAUGAUGCCUUGCUGGAAGCCAUUCUUGGGAAAGAGACUGAAGUUUCUGCCAACCAGCUACACAGCUAUGUAAAUAGCAUCCUCAUACCGGCAAUUGGAGGCAAGACUCGGCUAGAGAAACAGUUCAAGCUGGUUAUGCAGUGCAAUGCAAAAUAUGUGGAGUGCUUCAGUGCUCAGAAGGACUGCAACAAGGAAAAGAACAGGAACUCAUCAGUAGUGCCAUCCGAGCGAGCAAGGGUGGGACUAGCGCCAUUACCUGGAAUGAAGGGAACUGAUUACAUUAAUGCCUCUUAUAUCAUGGGCUACUACCGGAGCAACGAGUUCAUCAUAACACAGCAUCCCCUGCCACACACAACUAAAGAUUUCUGGAGAAUGAUCUGGGAUCACAAUGCACAGAUCAUUGUCAUGCUUCCAGACAACCAGAGCUUAGCAGAGGAUGAGUUUGUGUACUGGCCGAGUCGGGAAGAAUCCAUGAAUUGCGAGGCAUUUACUGUGACCCUUAUCAGCAAAGACAGGCUGUGCCUCUCUAAUGAGGAGCAGAUCAUCAUCCAUGACUUUAUCCUUGAGGCUACUCAGGAUGACUACGUGCUGGAAGUCCGCCAUUUUCAGUGCCCUAAAUGGCCAAACCCAGAUGCUCCAAUAAGCAGUACCUUUGAACUUAUCAAUGUAAUCAAGGAAGAGGCCUUAACAAGAGAUGGCCCCACCAUUGUUCAUGAUGAGUAUGGAGCAGUGGCAGCUGGAACAUUAUGUGCCCUUACCACUCUAUCCCAGCAGCUGGAGAAUGAAAAUGCAGUUGAUGUUUUCCAGGUGGCAAAGAUGAUCAAUCUGAUGAGGCCUGGAGUAUUCACAGACAUUGAGCAGUACCAAUUUCUUUACAAAGCAAUGCUAAGCCUGGUCAGCACUAAGGAAAAUGGAAAUGGCCCCAUGGCACUGGACAGAAAUGGUGCUGUUAUGGCCAAUGACGAAUCAGAUCCUGCAGAAAGCAUGGAAUCUCUUGUCUAAUUGGAAUAUGGAAAAGGCACUUAAUUUGUGGAAUUUCUGAAGACUGAGUGUACUUUUUUGAGGCCUUUUUUGCCAGACUCUAGGUUAUACAAUAACCCAAUUACUUUUUUACACUGAUAAAAAGUUUUGAUAUUUAUUUUUGCCAUUUUAUGUCUUAAUGGUAUCCUACUGAGCAUUUGCACCUCUGUUUAUUUCACACGGUGAAACGCAAUUUUAUCUAGUUUGCACUAUAUGAUCAGUGUUAACUGCCUAUAAGGUUGUAAUACAAAAGCAAGCAAAGAAACCCUGAUGACAUUCCAUGACAACAAACAUGCUACUCAUUAGUUGAAAUGCCAUGAAGUUUGUUAAUUACUAUGAGCCUUGACUCUUAAGUCUUGAAUGCUAGACCAGGAUUCUUUUUUUAUUUACAACAGAAAGCUGUACCCUUCAACCCCAACCAAUAUGUACUUGUUUAGUUUUCAGAUAACUUUGGUAAUUGUUAUAGGUUUUCUAUAUUCCAGUAACACGGAUGAGUGUUCUUUACUUUUGGGGGGUGAAAAUGGUGGGAUGAUCACUAGCUAGACUGAAGUGCAGUAGCUUCUGGAGACUGAAUAACUGCUUUACAUUUUCUUGGCUUUCUCAUUUACAUGGAGACGUAUGGAUUGAUUUCUAUAUAACUCAUAAAAUUACAUUCCCCAAACAGAGGGCAACUCAGAUGACUCAGUCUCAGUUAACUUCACUGAGUCCCCAGUUGUUCUUAAUAAUAUUUUUAUUUCAAUAUGGGAAAUAUUUUGAUCAUGUUUCCAUCAUAGACAAUUUAAUAACAGUGCAACAAUGUACAAUCAAAUCAUUUUAUUCUGAAAGCAUUUAGGUGGCAAUAUUUCCAGUUACUACACUAUUCACAAUUUUACACAUGUAUUUCCUUAAUUCUUCUGGAACAGGACCUCUGUCUUAACAGUAUGUUACAUGAUGGAGAGUGGAGUUUCUUAAUUUCAUAGCUGUUAGAUGCUGUUUUUAUGGGUGUAUAAUUUUCAUACUUUAGUGCUAAAACAUACUGAUCCAUAUAACUGGUGAAGCAAUCUAAUAAAAAAACUACCUAUAACAUUACACUCUUCCUCUUUUUUUUGGAAACCAAAUUUAGCAUAUAUCUCCUGACUUCAUAGUCUCAUUCCCAUAUACUACAUGUUGUACAGCACUAUCCUACAGCACAAUCCUAUACACAUCUACUCAGGUCUAAGUCACACUGAGUCAAUGGGCCUUACUCCAGGUAUGUGUACAGGAUUGCAGCCUUAAUCUCUUUCAAAUACAAGGAAACUCAUUACCACUCAUUAGCCAAAAAUUUAUAUUCUUAUUUCAGAUUAUUUUAAGAUGCUGUUUUCAGACACUUCUUUCAAAAUUAUCUGUGUAACUUAGGUGUUUACAUUCUAAGAAGGGGAACAAAAUGAAUUAUAAUAAAGCACUUGGUUGCAUUGCCAAAGCCAUCUGCAGUCACUGUUAAAACAAUCACAAUAAAUGCCCACUAGAGAAAUAUUAGAAGAAUGGACCUAGCUGUCAGUGAGCAGAACUCAAUAUAACUAGCAGCACAUAUUUUAAUGGCUAAAAUGUAUUAUGGCUGCCCAAAUUAAUCCAAUAUAAGCAGUUAGUGCUCUGAGUUUCACCCUAAAUGGCUUUCUUUGAGAAAGAUCCCCCCACAUACACAUAUAGGUAGGCCUAGACUACCAUUCUCCUUCUAGUGGUCAUGUUUUCCUACCCUGUCACUCACUCACACACACAUACACACAGCUCUGAAAUGUUACAUACACAUUUUUACUACGCCAGUGAGAACGAGGUCACUGUGUGUCUUACUAACUCCAUAUAAUUUUCUCUACAGCCAAAUCCACCUUUUGUUUAAAAAUUAAGCAAUGAAAAAAUGGAAGGGAUGGUGUUUACUGUGAAUAAUCAUUCUUGGAUGACAGGAAGAGCAAUCCAUGUACUCUUGGGUUAUUCUCCACAUUGUUAACUGAUGUGGGGGAUAACCCAAGAGAACAUGGAUUGCUUCUCCAUACCUUUUAUAGAAUGUAACAUUUUCUAAUGACUGAAAAGCAUUAACACUUACAAAAUUAUUUGCAUUGACCAGCCCCAAACAGUGGUACAAAAAUGUUCUGGAAUAUUACAUGAGUUGCUAUUGUGCAAAUAUUGGGCAUCUUAAUCAUUACAAUGUUGCACUGUACUCUCUGCAAAUUUAUGAGAUACUACAUUAGGGUAAAAAUAUUUAUCCAGAAUAAAAUGUGCAUACAUUUAGGCAAUGCUAAUAUAACUGGCCAGCACUCAGUUGGACAAAGAAAAUGGUGGUCUGGCAUAUGACAUCUGUAGAAGAUAUUUCCUAUUAUUUUAUGGGUUUCUUCUUAACAGUUCAAGAUUGCACCAGAGAGCCACACUUUGUCAUGAAACAUGAGGUAAUCUGGAACAGAUUCAAAAUUUGGAGUUGUUGCUAUUGCCACAGGAGCUGAAUUUUGUGCCCUAGUCUCACCUCAGUCCUAUUUAAAUAUUGUAUUUUCUUUAGCAAAUGCAUACUUGUUGAAAAAACCUUUUGCCAAAUUGUAAUGAGGUAUGUAAAGAAUCAAACAAGCAGGGAAGCUGACCCACAAAGUAACAACUAUGUACUUAAAAUGAUCCACUAAACAGUGGCUUGUAAUUAUUUGUAACCAUAUAACCAUGCUCCUCUCUCAUACAUUAUGCCCAUUUUAAAAUUUUGAUGAAAUUAUUAAUGCAGCAUUCAAGAAACUACAAUGCAAAGCCACAGAAAGGUCCUACUUCUCUUUUUGGCAAAUCCAUUAAGAAAGAAUUUACUCUGAGAUUGAGGUUUAUGGGAUUCUUUGUGUAUACUGGAGAACCAUAAACACAGAUGCUUUGGUGUCUCCUUCCCCCCAUCAAUAGAUUGCAUUAAGAUGGUCAUAACUCACAUUGUCUUUCCAGAAGCUACACUCUGCCCUGAAUCUCCCCUUUCAAGCUCUGCCCCCUGUAUGGCUUCUGCUAUGACUGAGAGGCACACUGUUUGCACUGGCAUCAGGGACUGCAGUGCUUCCAUUGCUGGCAAUGGGCACUGCUUCAGGAAAUUACAACUUUUGAGCAUGAAAUGAAUAUUGAUCACGUCACAUCCCAAAUUUUGUGGCCAGAAAUGACUGGCUCAGUGUGUUAAAGAGGUGUUUUGGUGGGUUGAUUUUUCCCCAAGUUUAUUUGAAUUUGUUGGUAACUUUUCAUUUUAAACUUGUUUUGUGGAUGGGAUACCGCAGAGGAAAAUGAAUGUGUUUGUGACAAGACUGCCUGGCUACAAUUAGCCAAUUUCUUAAAAUGUAUAUUAAGUCCUGCAUGUGAGAAUAUGGGAGGAGGAAAGGGAGAGAGAAAGAGAAUGAGGAUUUUAAAUUAAAAUUAAACUACUGAAGCUAAAGUUAAGCCAGUGCCAUUUGAAUUGAUACUUCUUCUUUUUUAUUAAUGUUUAUGCAGAACUUAAUCCACAAGUAUAUGCAGUUUGCCCUUGGCAUACAAGCCCUCGGUGUAUGGGGCUUUAAGUUUACACGGACAGAAAGUGGCAAGGGACAAAAUGAGGAGGGAGCACACCGCCAUUCAAAUCAAUGGGACUCCAGCAUAUGCAAAAUUUGCCGUACGCAGGGGUUCCAGAACAGAUCCCUUGCAUACGGUAAGAGCAGACUGUAGCUUCAUUUAAUAUUCAAUAACCCUUCUUUAAAUCUGGACACACAGGAAACAGGUUGUAUUUUAGUACUGCAGUAAGCAGGGGGGGAAAGGUGGCUAGCAGGGAUGCCUUUAGGGAGAAAGGUUUGCUGUUUCAGGUGAAAAUCAAAGACGUGUUUCAUAGUAUAUAUUCACUGUGACAAUGAAAAGAUUACAGUUCUCAGCUUCAGGUAACAAUUCCUAGCUUGCUCUGUGUCAAACCAUGCGCCAGUUUAGAGCCAAACAAAUAUAGGGCCUAUCCAUUAUUUGAAUUCAAUACACUUUUUUUGGUAAUGCAGAUAGCAGCAGAAGGGGAACCUGAGCAGCCUCCAGAACUUGCUGAGCUGCAAAGGAGGAAUUCAACACUUUUUUCUCUCAGCUAUUUUCUGAAUAAAAAUCAAAAUAAUUAGCAGUUUUGGAAAAAGCAAUUUUUUUCAAAACUACAGCAGAGAGAGCAGGAAAAAGUCUUCAUGCCCAAUCCCCCCAACUUCUGUUGUCCAUGGGAAUCCUAUAUGACCUCUUACGUUAGUCAUCUUUACGUAUGCCUAGCUAUGUAGUAGAGGUGCUAAGAAACCCUCUGACUAAUGCAAAUGAGUAACAGGACUCCAGCUAGAGCGCUCAGUGCACACCAAUGUGUGAUGCACAUAACUGCACAAUGCUCACUGUUUGUUGUGCAUUGCGCACUGAUGCUCAUCAAUCACUGAGGUACAUUUUUAUGCACCAGUAGGCUUAGGGCAGUUUGCUGGCUCUGCUACAUAGCAGUGUAACAGCAGCCCUCUACUGGAUACCAGUGUUACACAACUGCGUGAUUCUGAAUCUCACUGUGGGAGAAAGGUGGGAUCUAAAUCCUAGAAAUAAAUAUAAAUAAAUAAAUAAUCCCUACAGAGACAAGUCCACUUAUGAAGACAUAAAGCCCCGAGAGAACUCCAGCCUACAUUUUUACAAAUGUGCAUUAACUGAAUUCACACAGUUAAUGCCAGUAUAAUUUAAACCAAUGGGACAAGUUAAUAACGACUUCAGUCCCAUUAAUUUUAAGUGAAUUUAAGUUUAACUAACUUUCCUUAUGUUGUGGCUUCUGAGUGCUCUAAGAUCAACUGCUUAAAAAUAUGACUUUACUGUUUAUUUGAAAGCACAUACACACACAUUUAUUUCAACAUUUUGACUUCUAGUAAACAUACUAGAUUUCUAAGGAACAUUCUCGUAUUGCUAAUGAGCAGAAGCCCUAAAGUUUUAUGAACAAAUUAAGAGAUUUGUAAUGAGAUAAUAUCACUUGUAACUACUUAUCCCAGGGUCACCUAUCCCAGUAUUUAUGAACCUAUAUGUCAAACGUAGAUCAUCAUAAGUACUGAACAGGAUGCUGGCAAAAAUCUUUUUAAAAUAUCUCCCACUGUUGCCAUUCCAAGUCUUGGUACUGCCUUGGUACUGCAAAUACGUUUUAAUUUUUUGAGUUUGACCAUUAAUAGAUAAAAGUUUAUCAUACAUGCAUAGUGCAGCAAGAAAACCAAAAAUGCUUAUCUGGAGGGGAAAUCCUUGUUUGAACUUUGAAUAUAAACAGUGAGACAAAAGUAAAGAUUGUAUGUGAGAGAGUGUAUAUACACAUACAUGCACAGAAGUAAGUAAGAAAGCUAGACAUUAAAAUCUAAGAACAAGUGCAGCUAUAACUGGAAAAACAAGAUUUGCUUCUUUCACUUUUCUUGUAAAUGAAGGAGACUUCUUGGAAUACUACCAACAUAUUGUCCCUUUUUAAUUACAGGACAAUGAUAUGCUAUGAUUACCUUUUUCUUUUAAACUGUUAUUGUAUUUUAAAGUAGAGUUCUCGAUUUUACCAAAGAGACAUGAUACUAAUCCUUAAGAGAAAAUAACACAGAAAAUAAAGAAAAAAAAGACAAGGGAAAUUUAGUUGUCUUAUGCUACCCUUGUAUCCCUCCAGUAAGACCUACUGAGCUCACUGGGAAUUAUUUUUGAUCAGACACAUCCAGGAUUGUGUUGUUAAUGACUCAGCAGUCAUGGCCUCAAAAUUCAUUCUCUUCUGCCACCCACUCCUUUGAUAGAUGGCUAUGUUAAAAUGGUGCUGGUGAAUCUUAUGAAGGAGAAAUGCCUCAUUGCUUAUCCGCUGCAUUUUAUUUCUUUUCUGUUAGAGAAUUCUCUUCUCUGACCUGUCGCUCCUUUGAGCUUUCUUGGUUGCCAUUAUAAACAAUGUAUAGUACAUUGGCUUUGCUUAUUUGUAUAGGGAAGGCAUGCAAAACAAAACAGGGAGAGAGAGUACACAAAGAAACCACAAUGAAAAGACUUGGCCUCAGACAUUGUCUUAGGUGUUUGACUGUUUUUAGUAUUUUUGUUAGAUAUUUGCAAAGGGAAGCCUUUUCUACAGAGGAUAAUUAAUUUCAAGAAAAAUGUCUUGAGUUUUAAGAAUAAACAUGUCUCCAAAAGAGGAGAUAGACAAUUUUAUAAAAUGUCACAACUCUCCAACAUUUGGGGUAGUGACCUUUCUUUCUUUUGUUAGGACCUUUGAAACUAGCAAGCAGCCAUUGUUUCUAAAGAACUAAGUACCCAUCUCUAUCCAUUCUCUUCGUUUCCUUCAUUUUUAAAUAGCAGAAAUCAUUAAAACUGUAAAUAUUUUGUUGCUUGAAUAAGCAUCUUCUGGGAACUUUGUAUCUAUGGUAUAUAAUCAUAGAAUUUUAUAUUUUCAUAUAAAGCUAAUUUUUUUCUAGUUUCAACUUCUUCAUAGUUUUUUUUUCCCUUUUGUGGUGGAUAUGUGAAUACAUACUUUAUGUGUAUUGAAGUAGUGAAAUACCAUCACAUUCCAAAACAAUUUUUUUAAAAUUCAACACAUAUUAUUUUCUUUGGGACAGUGAUUGUUGAUGCUGGAUUUUCUUUAAAUUCCAUUGUCAGUGUGUGCAAUAGGAAUUAGAUUUAACCAGUCACUGAAUAAGUUUUGUCUCAUUGACCCAUUGGGGAAAUGUGGUGUUUGGUUUCGGGGAGGGGGGAGUUAUUAAUUUUUUGAUUUGUUUUUCCUUUUUGUAACUUGAAGAAUUUCCUUUUUGUUAUGUUUAAAGGUAUAUCAAAACAUUCUAUUAUAGUGUUAUUUAAUAUGUAAAUUGUAUUGCUAUACAUAAAAUAAAGUAUGGUUUUUGAUGUA